UUCGCCAGAGGCGGCUGGAAGCUCCAAGUUCUCACCUGCCCAGGUGUCCGCGGCCCUCGGGGAGCCACCCUGGCCUGGCACCUAGGGGUGAGGUCCCCGAAGUCCCAUUGCGGUGGGCGCAGAGGCUGCUGCCAGAGCGUACCCUCCUUUCCCUUUCGCGAGACGCUGGGUGCCGGCGGGGGCCGACACCUGCCAGACGCCUCUAAUCCCCUAAGGGCGCCACGCCCGCCGCGCGCGGCUUGGGAAUAAGUGAGCGCAGGGCGCGCAGGUGAAGCUCCGGCUCCGGCUGCGAGCCGCGGAGCCGCCAGUUUGCGCGCAGGGCCCCGGCGACCGCGCGGCCAUGGCCUCAACGCGGGUCAUCGGCACCUUCGUGGUGUGGGACUACGUAGUGUUCGCCGGGAUGCUGCUCAUCUCGGCCGUCAUCGGCAUCUACUACGCCUUCGCGGGGCGCGGCCAGAAGACCUCCAAGGACUUCUUGAUGGGCGGCCGCAGGAUGACCGCCGUGCCCGUGGCGAUGUCCCUCACCGCCAGCUUCAUGUCGGCUGUCACCGUCCUGGGCACCCCCUCCGAGGUCUACCGUUUUGGGGCCAUAUUCAGCAUCUUUGCCAUCACCUACUUCCUUGUGGUGGCCCUCAGCGCGGAGGUCUUCCUCCCGGUAUUCUACAAACUGGAAAUUACCAGCACCUACGAGUAUUUAGGACUUCGAUUUAACAAAUAUGUUCGUCUCUGUGGAACAAUCCUCUUCAUUGUUCAAACAAUUUUGUAUACUGGAAUUGUUAUUUAUGCGCCUGCCCUGGCUUUGAAUCAAGUCACAGGAUUCGAUCUUUGGGGUGCUGUAGUGGCUACUGGUGUGGUCUGCACAUUCUACUGCACCAUGGGUGGUCUUAAAGCGGUUAUCUGGACGGAUGUUUUUCAAGUUGGGAUCAUGGUGGCUGGAUUUGCAUCUGUGAUUAUACAGGCUUCAUUGACUCAAGGUGGAAUCAACAUUAUUCUAAAUGAUGCCUAUAAUGGAGGAAGAUUAAACUUCUGGAAUUUUGAUCCUAACCCUUUGCAAAGACACACAUUCUGGACGAUUGUUAUAGGAGGGACCUUCACAUGGACCAGCGUCUAUGGAGUCAACCAGUCCCAAGUGCAGAGAUAUAUUUCCUGUAAAAGCAGAUUCCAGGCAAAAAUGUCUCUCUACAUCAAUCUUUUGGCACUCUGGUUGAUCCUGGCCUGCACGGUGCUAUGUGGGCUCAGCCUGUAUUCCAGAUACCAUGACUGUGAUCCUUGGACAGCCAAGAAAGUGUCUGCACCAGACCAGCUCAUGCCUUAUUUGGUACUGGACAUUCUGCAAGAUUAUCCGGGACUUCCUGGACUUUUCGUGGCCUGUGCUUACAGUGGAACAUUAAGCACAGUGUCCUCCAGUAUUAAUGCCUUAGCAGCAGUAACUGUGGAAGACCUAGUCAAACCUCUCUUCCCAUCUCUCUCAGAAAGGUCUCUCUUUUGGAUUUCCCAAGGAAUGAGUGUGCUGUUUGGAGCUUUGUGUAUUGGAAUGGCUGCACUGGCAUCACUAAUGGGAGCUUUGUUGCAGGCAGCACUCAGCAUAUUUGGCAUGGUUGGGGGACCACUUCUGGGCGUAUUUGCUUUGGGAAUUUUGGUUUCCUUUGCCAACUCAAUAGGAGCACUUGUGGGUCUGCUGGCUGGAUUUGCCAUUUCUUUGUGGGUUGGAAUUGGAGCUCAACUUUAUCCUCCACUUCCUGAGAGAACUAUGCCAUUAAGCCUUGAAACCUACGGCUGUAACAGCACAUACAAUGGGACAGAUUGGAUGACAACCACAGAAAUGCCAUCUUCUACCAGUGCUUUUCAAGUAUACAACAUUGAAAGGACUCCACUGAUGGAUAACUGGUAUUCUUUAUCAUAUCUAUACUUCAGUACUGUUGGAACCUUGGUAACGUUAUUUGUGGGAAUGCUUAUCAGUUUACCAACAGGAGGAAGAAAACAAAACAUAGACCGCAGAUUCCUACUAACCAAAGAGGACUUUUUAUCCAAUUUUGACAUUUUUAAGAAAAAGAAGCAAGUGUUAGACUAUAAACCUCAUCCAACAGAAGAUGGUGGAACUGAUAACCCUGGCUUCAACCAUGUUGAAUUGAACUCCACAGAUCAAAGUGGCAAGACCAAUGGGACUCGUUUGUGAAGUAGCUGUGAUGCUAAAUUAUCUUAAACAGUGUCCCAGUUUUAUAUGUUUUUAAAGAUAAUUGGAUCAGGUUUAGAUUUUUUUUUUGUCCUAUCAUGAGUGUUUUGGGGGAACUUUGGGGGGAUACAUUUUUGUUAAAGCAAAAUUUGACUUUUACUUUCUAUACUCAUUAAUUGAUGCUACUCUGCAGGUAAGAGUUUCAGCAUCAGUAUUUUCCUCUAUCUCUCUACUAUUAUUUCAGUGAAGCUGUAGUUGUGAAAGUUGUGAAAGUUUUGAAAGUUGUGACUACAUAUGUGCUGAAAAGCUAAUACACACAUACUCGAUGGUCAAAAGCAUAUUCUUAAAUUAGGGCAUCAUUAAAAAUAUUUCCUUGCAUUUGGUGCUAGCAUAUAUUUUGGGGUUUGCUGAAAUCAUAAUUAAUAUUGAAAAGGACCUCUCUCCCUCCUACCACAUACUCUAUUCUUAGGGAGCAAUGAAGUGACAGGUCUGUGCUGUCUCGAUCUUUGCUUCUCAUCAACCCCUAUCAGCCCAGGGCACGUUUAUUCUUGGAAUUGAUUCUGGCUCGGGAGGGUGUUAAUCAAGAAGCAUCCUGUUUGGGACAGAACAUGGGCCCAAUGGUCAAGGUCUUUUUGGUGCUAUGCAUCUCUUCUUGUGCCUUUUUGCUUGUUAACUAGAGUUCCUGGCCAUUGGCUGCUUAUAUUGCCUUUCUUAGACUCUGGUUCUUAUCUGGAUUCCUGGUUUCUCACCCACUAACUUUGGUUUUGUUGCACAUUUUACCUUUGCUCGCCUGCCUAAUUUCCUGUUCACUCUAUUGCCUUGGGCUUGUAUAUGUCUUGAGACACCCAAUGUGAAUCAUGCUACCCCAGAUCCUGGUUCACUGCGUCCCGGCCUAUAAAUAUAAACUCCCAUGAGCCUUAUACUGACCAAAGUACUUUCAACUAGGUACUUACAGAUUUGGUGAUCCAAGAACAUUUACACAAUUAAAAAUGGGUAAGCUCUGUGGAAUUAGGUGAUUCCAUUGAAUGCUAUGAAGCUGAAUAUCAACUAAUUUGCAAUGAUUUAAAUUUAAAGGUACAUAUGCUUAGACAUAUUGAAUUCCAAUAUAUCCACCUGGUUGAUGAGCUAAAUUACAUAGGCAAAUACUACUAUUUUUGUUUAGUGUUCCGGAAUUACUGAAUAUAUGCUAUGUUCCAUGCUUUAAAAUUUCAAGUAGCAAUCUCAAAGUUUAUUUUGUUUAUUUUCCUGCAUUUCUAGCUAAGACUUUGGUUACAGGCUUUCAUCAAUAACUUAUUUUUUUUCUACAGUUCACACAUUAGAUACUGUUUAGAAGGGUUUUUUUUUUUAGCAUUACACUGUUUUAAAAUAAUAAUGUGUGAAAUAUUUAGGUACAUUAAAAUAUUUUAUGAUUAAGUAAUUUUUGCUUAUUGUCUGAUAUUUAGGUGAGCAUG